AAACUAGAAAUAGAAUAGACCACCUUAAAGAAAAAGGAGAAGGAAUAAUUCUAAGAGUUAACAUAACUGGAACACAUGUAGUAGCAGUUGACCCAAGUACAAAACCCUUCUUGUCUCGGCCUGCGGAAUUACCCUUAAUUUCUCUGUGUUCCUUCCAAUCACAUGGCAUAGAAUUUAAGGUUUUUUAACUAGAAGAAGAUCUAAUUAGCUAUCUAGCUAGGAAGAAGACGAAGCAAAUUAAAGACUAGUUAAUUAGUGAGUCAAAAGUGGGAUAUGGAAGGAGAGAGAGGUGGCGCACCCAAUUAUGAGCUUCAAGUUUCGUUCACCAACACCCCACAGGCCAUACACGAAUUGGGUUUUGUUCAAUAUGAAGAAAACCAGGUCCUUGGCUUCUUGUCACCCUCUUCACAAUCUCAAUCUUCUCCCCUCUCUCAAUCCUUAAAGAGUGAUACCCUCGUCGUCGCUACUGCCACCACUGCAAUCGCCGCUGCAGCAACCAUCGGAUUCGUGAGUCAUAGCGAACUUGCCAUCAAAACUUGGAAUAACGACCAGGAGGUAGGAACUCUGGAUCCAAAGCCUGUCGAAGAAGAAAAUUGCACUGGAAAUGGUAGUGAUCAAGGCAACAACAACGCUUGGUGGAGGAGCGCAGCAACAGAAAAGAACAAGUUGAAAAUAAGGAGGAAGCUUAGAGAACCAAGGUUUUGUUUCCAAACAAGAAGUGAUGUAGAUGUGCUUGAUGAUGGUUACAAAUGGAGGAAAUAUGGCCAGAAAGUUGUCAAGAAUAGCCUUCAUCCAAGUGGUCGAUCUCAUUUGUUGGGAUAUUGCAGAAGUUAUUACCGGUGCACCCACAACAACUGUAGGGUGAAGAAGAGGGUUGAACGACUAUCAGAGGAUUGUCGUAUGGUGAUAACCACCUAUGAAGGUAGACACAAUCACUCCCCUUGCGACGAUUCAAAUUCAUCAGAGAAUGAAUGCUUUACCUCUUUCUAGCUAGCAAGGCCAAUGUCGUUUGCUUAUAAUGAUGAUCAACAGGUCGACUUUAGAGCCGUAAAUUCGGGUGGGAUUCAUGAUCUAUUUGAAUAGGCUUUUCUAACAUGGGCUUAAAAUGCACAAGCGACCAGCGCUCUUGGGCAAUCAUGGCUUUCUCAGGAAUGAAAGUACUCUAACUCUAACAAGGUUCAACAAUGUCAUCUAUGGUCUCAAGUGAUUAACAAGCACUUUCAACACCAACUUGCUGAGGCUUGUAGGUAGGUGAGUUAGAAAAUCCACCUUACGCACCAAAACUACAAGAGUCCCAGCCAGCUUUUGGGUCAAUGCCAUCAGUUCAAAAGGCUUGUCUAACCAACAUCUAGCUAGAUGUCAUCUCUCACAAUAUUCAAAUAUAUAAUUCAAAUAAUUCUGUUCAAUAUGCAUAAUUAGUCAAUUCAAUCGUUAAAUAUCGUUGGAUAUUAUGUUUAUGGUCAUGUAUUA